GAAUUAUAAAUUGAAAACAAAAUUGAAUUCCCAAUUAAGUACUAAAAAAUACGCAUAUUCGGGAAUUUUAUCAUUAAUAAGUGAAGAGCAAAAAUAAAUAUGAGCCAAGAAAGUGCUGCUGAUAUUCAACAUAAAACUCAUAUUGAGAGUCUUGAUCGAGAAUUUCAGCGGAACAUUCACAUCUUGGAGCACUCUAUGGAAUCAAUUAAUUGUAUGGAGAAACCAUUAGCAAGUGAAUGGAUUUAUAAAUUAAAGGCAUUCCCCCCAAAUCUCAGUGAAGCUCUUGCUCGAAAUUUUAUUGUCAAAUAUUUACUGCGCCAAACAAAUAAGCGCAAUGUUGUAAAUUGGAAUUUAUUUAGCAAUCCUCCUCACAGCCAAAGCGGUCUAUAUAUCCAAAGUUCUAUGCCCCAAAAGAAGUCCAAGAAGAAAGUGAUCAAAAGGUUACUUGGCAGUUCAUAUGAUAACGGCAAUUUCUUAAGUCAGCUUCCAGUUCCACGUGAUGGAGCCAUAUUUGUGUUACAGCUUAGUCCCAAUUUUUAAAAAUACGAAUUCCAAACUAUUUUUUUACACGCUGGGCAUUGAGAAACUAUAAUUGGUUGCAUAACA